AUGAGCGCCAAAACUGACGUCAACAGGCGGGUACUCGCGAUCCAGGCUAAGAAGAAGCGGCACAAGCCUAGCAAGCGCAAGGGCAAAGCCAAUUCCCAGAGCGAGCAGGACGCGCAGAGUUCCAAAGGGCCGCGUGCCGGCCAGGUACCAGCGGCUCGCGAUACCACCACCUAUGAGUAUGUUUCGGACGGACCCCCGCAGCGCGCUUAUAACAGCGACAACGGGACCAGAUUGGUACCAUGUCAUAGUUCCAGCAAUGAAACGAUAGAGGACGAUGAUGCAUUCAGUACUGAGGAUGAAGAGCAGGAGGAUAGCAGUGACUACUGUAAAGGCGGAUACCAUCCUGUGAAGAUAGGAGAUCUCUUUUUAAAUCGCUAUCACGUCACUCGUAAGCUCGGCUGGGGUCACUUCUCCACUGUAUGGCUCUGCUGGGACUUGCAGGAUAAACGUUUUGUGGCGCUUAAAAUAGUGAAAUCCGCAUCCCAUUUCACUGAGACUGCAUUGGAUGAAAUUAAAUUAUUAAAAGAUGUGCGCGAUACGGAUCCCACCGAUCCUAAGCGCAAUAAGACCGUCCAAUUGCUCAAUGACUUCAAGAUCAGCGGCAUUAACGGCCUGCAUGUUUGCAUGGUAUUUGAAGUGCUUGGACAUAAUCUUCUUAAAUUGAUUAUCAAGUCGAACUACAGAGGAAUUCCAAGAAAUAACGUUAAACGCGUCAUCAGACAAGUUCUCGAAGGUCUCGACUAUCUUCAUAAUAAAUGUAAAAUUAUUCAUACAGACAUUAAACCUGAGAAUGUUCUUGUAUGCGUCGAUGAGACUUACAUACGAAAAUUAGCUUGUGAAGCGACAGAAUUACAUUCUAUGGGAGCGAAAUUACCGGUAUCUUUGAUUUCUACCGCGCCGAAGGAGUUUCAAGAACCGAUACCAAAUUCAAAAAUGUCCAAGAAUAAAAAAAAGAAAUUAAAGAAGAAAGCCAAGCGCCAGAACGAACUCUUAAAGAAGCAAAUGGAGCAAAUCGAGGAGUUAGAGGAACAAAUUAAACUUGCGAAUAGCAUGAGAGAAAACGGGGAAAUUGAAACGAAUAGUCUAGACCAAGAUCUCAAUACAGAGAGUGUAGAGGACAAUACAGAGAGCAAAGGUUCUCCAGAUAUCUCAGAUCCAUCCGCGCCUUCCUUACACAUGAAUGGAGUAGAUGGUUUAGCGGGUGGUGAAAAGAUACAGAAUCCAUCGCCUGAACAAUCUGAAAAGAUGGACAACGUCACAUUGUGCGAGGUGGAGAAAAGCUGUGGCGAAGGUAUAUUAUCACCUGAUCCCGAUGAUACUGACGAAUGUAGCGAAGGUCGUAGAUCAUUAAAUCCACCGGAAAGUAAGCAAUUAAAACGAGCAUCCAUGUCUCCUCUGGAUCCUGCUAUAAUGGACUGUGAAAUAGAAGUGAAGAUAGCAGAUCUCGGGAACGCAUGCUGGGUUCAUAAAAAAUUCACGGACGAUAUUCAAACUCGUCAAUAUAGGUCGCUCGAGGUUCUAUUAGGUUCUGGAUAUGACACCUCUGCCGAUAUAUGGUCGACUGCUUGCAUGGCGUUUGAAUUAGCGACUGGCGAUUAUCUUUUUGAACCGCACAAUGGCAAAGACUACUGCAGAGAUGAAGAUCAUUUGGCUCAUAUUAUCGAAUUGCUGGGAGAAAUACCGAGACGUAUCGCUCUCUCGGGGAAGAACUCAAGGAUAUACUUCAACAGGAAGGGUGAAUUAAAGCAUAUUACCGGAUUAAAACCAUGGGGUCUAUACGAAGUAUUAACAGAGAAAUAUGAGUGGACGCCGAGCGAAGCACGCGAGUUCGCAGAGUUCCUAAUACCGAUGCUCGAGUUCAAUCCGAGCAUGCGAGCUACCGCAGCUGAGUGCCUGAAGCAUCCGUGGCUGCAAAUCAAAAAGUGAUCGCGUUUUUUAUUGUUUUAUCUGUAAUAUCCCCACAACUUUCACCCCGGUCCUUACCGCCCAGUCGCAAUCGUAAAUCGAGAGUGUGAUAGGAAGCCGAAAACACUUGUAAACG